AGGCAUAUAGAGGUAGAGAUGGAAGAAGGUAUUCUAAUUCCAUUCUUGUCUUCCCGGUUGAAGAAGCGGGACUUGUUUUUCCAGUUCCGGCCGCACAUAUCCACACUUCAUAAAUGACUAUAUUGCAUUCUUACAUAUCUAGCCUCGGUAAUGCAUUACACGUUUAGUAGAAUUUCCUUGCCAACCUAUAUUCUGAGUUCCGUGUUUGUUCGGCGCGGCUCAUUCUUCUCAUCUUCCUCACUUUCUCUUCCAUCGGCGAGCUGUAACCUGCAGUAACUCGACCAGCUCCGCAUUUGAACGUCUGUAUCACCCGACCGCCAAAACUCCCAACCGCUCCCGCUGCAGGUUCUGUUCCCGUACGCGACCGUCGCAACGCGCCUCACUCCGCGCCUCGCCUCUCCUCACGUGGCGGGCCGUCAAGAUGAGCAACUCCAUGCGAGACCUGAUCGCCGGCGAGGCUGAGUUGGAUGACGAAGAGGACGACGACUCCUUUGAUGAAGAGACGGGCGAAACCCGGCAGCGAUCCAGAAACAAGAACCAGGAGAUGGACGACUCCAGCGAAGAGGAUGAUGAAGAUGAGGAUGAGGAAGAAGCCCGAAAGAUUCGGGAAGGUUUCAUCGUCGACGAGGACGAAGAUGAAGACGAGGACCAAGUCGAGGGCGAGGAUGAACGUCGCAAGCGAAGGAAGCGCAAGCGCCGCCAGGAACGCGAGGAAGAAGCACAGCUGGACGAGGAGGAUCUCGACUUGAUUGGCGAAUCCAUCCCCGAAUGGGAACGCAAGCAACCCUCGCAGGGCAAGUUCAAGAGGCUCAAGCGUGGCCACCGAGACGAUGACACCCGCGGAAACGAGCGACGCGGCCUUGAUGAAAUCUUUUCUGAAGAGGAUGAUGACCUCGUGGAUGAUCGACACUACGCCCGACCAAGCCACCGGGCCGCCGCCGAUGAAUUCGACGACUUCAUCGAGGAGGAUUUCCCCGAAGACGAAGAUGAACGCAUGCGCCAGAGGGAAGACAUGGAAGUCGCGCGCCCGCGAGACAAAGGGGUGAUUGGCCGCAUCGUCGAUCCGGCCGGCCUCGACAAGGAUGCCUUGGAGGACAUGGAAGCUAUCUUCGGAAAUGGCGAAGAUUACCAGUGGGCUCUAGAUGAAGAGGAAGAGGAGGAGGAGCGUCAACGAGAGGAGCAAACCCUCGAACUUAAAGACGUUUUCGAACCUUCACAGCUUGCAGAGAAGCUUCUGACAGACGAAGAUAACAGCAUCCGUUACCAAGACGAACCCGAGCGAUUCCAACUCGAUCGAAAACCAUUCAAGCAUCUGAAUAUACAAGGCGAGCAGCUCAAGGAGGAAACACAGUGGAUUGCCGACCUCAUGUGGCCGAAGAAGCAACUCUCCGGUGACUUGCAUGGCCCCUUUCAGAAAGCCGUUGGUAAGGUCCUCGAGUAUUUCGUCCUUGAGGACCUCGAGGUGCCUUACGUCUUCCAGCAUCGUAAGGACUAUCUCAUCCAUGCCCGCAAGAGCCGCAACCCGGAGCACCGCGACGAUCCGGAAGCGCCAGAGUAUAUCGUCAACGCAGAGAAACUGCUCACUCAAGAUGACCUUUGGCGUAUCUUGGAGUUGGACAUUAAAUUUCGAUCACUGUUCGACAAGCGCAGCACGCUUGAAAGGACUUACGAUAACUUGCGCGAAGCUGCUCAGGUGAGCGACGACAUGGUCCCGGAGCUGAUAAGCCAGGCUGUGACUAUGGAGGAACUGCAGGACCUGCAGGACUAUAUCAACUUCCAGUACGCGUCCCAGCUGAAGGAAAUUGCUGCCACGAAUGGUGUCAACAAGGGAACCAAACGGCCCGGCGCGAAAUCAUCCAUCUUCGAACGUAUUCGCAAGAGCGGCGCUUACAAGUUCGUUGAGGCCUACGGCAUCUCUCCCGACAGGCUAGCACAGAAUGCUCUACGCGAAGGCAAGAAGGUGAUAUCGGAUGACGUGCAAAGCUCACCGAUCGACUUGGCGGAUAGCCUGACUGACAGUGAUUUCCCUACGGGUGACCAAGUCUUGUAUGAGGCAAGACACAUGUACGCCGAAGAGCUAUUCAUGAGCCCACGGAUGCGAAAGCACGUUCGACGACACUUUUAUCUGAUGGGCGAAGUCAGCUGCCAUCGAACGGAGAAAGGUCUGAAGAGAAUUGACGAGUCUCAUCCGUAUUACGAGAUAAAGUACCUUAUCAAUCAGACGAUUAACGACCUCGCACGCCGGCCUGAACUGUUUCUGAAAAUGAUGAGGGCUGAAGAGGAGGGCUUGAUCGAGGUCAGGCUCCGGCUGCAGAACGAGCGCGAGUUCCGACGACUAUUGCACGUGGAAUUUGCCUCGGAUAAUUACAGCGAACUCGCCGACGCGUGGAAUGAAGAGCGCCUUAAGGUGCUCGAUUUAGCCUUCGCUAAGCUUGAGAGAGUGAUAGCCAAAGGAGUCAAGGAUUCGUUACGGACUGCAUGCCAAGAGGAGCUCCUGAAGCUCUGUCGGGAAGAGUAUUCGAAGCGACUCGACCAAGCACCAUACAAGCCGAAAGGUAUGGUGUUGGGUACCACACCUCGUGUCCUUGCUCUCUCCAAUGGCAUGGGUGACCCGAGCCGAGACCCAAUCUUCUGGGUCUGGGUCGAAGAGGACGGACGGGUCAUCGAGCAUGGCAAAUUCGGAAACUUGGCUCGCGACGAAAAGCAGAGGGACGCAUUUGUUGAUCUGAUCGAGCGCAGAAAGCCAGAUGUCAUAGGCGUCAGCGGUUUUUCGACAGAUACUCACCGCUUGGUCCGUGAUAUAGAAGGCCUCGUUAAUGAGAAGAACCUCACUGGCCCCGAAUUCCCGGACCCGGAUACCGAUGACUACCGCAGCGAGCUCCUCGAGGUCGUAGUCGUCAACGACGAGGUUGCGAGGCUUUACAAAGACAGUCCGCGAGCGCAGGCCAGCCACCCGACCUUGUCUGCCAACACGAGGUAUUGUGUUGCGCUCGCGAGGUAUCUCCAGAACCCGAUGAAGGAGUAUGCGGCGUUGGGUAAAGAUGUUACUUCGUUGCUAUUCAACCCGUGCCAGCAUCUUCUACCGCAGGAAAAACUGCUGAGACAUCUCGAGACGUCGAUGGUGGACAUGGUGAAUCUCUGCGGUGUCGAUAUCAACGAGGCGGUCAGCGACGCCAACACGGCCAACCUACUUCCUUACGUGGCCGGGUUAGGCCCUCGCAAAGCCACGAGUUUCCUCAAAGCCAUCAACACUAACGGUGGGGUGGUAACCUCGAGAGACGAACUUGUCGGCGAUCCAGACAACAACAAAUUGCCUGUCGUUGGUCCUCGAGUUUGGAACAAUUGCGCCAGUUUUCUUUAUAUCGAGUACGAUCCUACAAACCCCGCUUCGGAGCCGUUGGACAACACUCGUGUCCAUCCCGAAGAUUACGAACUUGGCCGCAAGAUGGCCGCAGAUGCUCUGGAGCUAGACGAAGAAGAUGUGAAGGCCGAGACUGACGAGAACGGAGCUGGUGCCAUAGUCCGCAAGCUGUUCCGGGAGGACGAACAAGAAAAAGUUAACGAGCUUAUCCUGGAGGAAUAUGCCGAACAAUUAGAGAAGAAUUACAACCAAAGAAAGCGCGCGACUUUGGAGACCAUCAGAGCCGAACUGCAGGCACCAUACGAGGAGCUCCGUAGGAACUUCAGCACCUUGAACCCUGACCAGAUAUUUGUCAUGUUUACCGGCGAAACCAAAGAUUCUCUCGCAGAAGGCAUGAUCGUCCCAGUAAAUAUCCGGGUGGUCAAAGACGACUUCGCUAUCGCUAAGCUGGAUUGCGGGAUCGAGGGUCGCAUCGAAGCGCACGAGGUCAGCCGAAGCAAUAUGUCCAUUCGCGACGCUAUUCAUGUGGGCCAAACCGUCCAAUCGAAGAUUGUCGAUCUCAACCGCAAGGAGUUCCUUGCAAAGCUCACCCUACGCGAGGACGCAUUACGGCGUCCCUACAAGAAGCACAGCGACCAUGACCGCGGAACCUGGGACGUGAGACUCGAGGAAGACGAUAAAGAUGCCCUGCGAGAGAAGGACAAGGCCACGGGUCGCACACAACGCGUUAUCAAACACCCUCUCUUUAAACCGUUCAACUCUACUCAGGCUGAGGAGUAUCUCGGCUCUCAGGCCUCGGGAGAUGUGAUCAUUCGGCCGUCUUCGAAAGGGAAUGACCAUCUCACCGUCACCUGGAAGGUCGCCGACGGCGUCUAUCAACACAUCGACGUCCUCGAGCUGCAGAAAGAGACGGAGUUUUCGGUCGGGAAGACGCUUCGAAUCGGCGGCAAAUACACGUACUCGGAUCUAGACGAGCUCAUCGUGGAGCACGUCAAAGCGAUGGCGAAGAAGGUUGACGAGCUUAUGGGACAUGAGAAGUUCAAGAAGGGAAGUGUCGCUGAUGCUGAAAAAUGGUUGACAUCGUACUCGGACGCCAACCCAACCCGCUCAAUCUACCUGUUCUGCAUCAACCCCAAACGGGCCGGAUACUUCUACCUGUGCUUCAAGGCUAGCAAAACAUCGCCGAUCAACAUGUGGGAUGUGAAGGUGGUGCCCCACGCAUUCGAGAUGAUGAAGAACCAGUAUCCCCACAUGCUCGCCCUAUGUAACGGCUUCAAGCUGCGAUUCAAUAGCGAAAUCAGCAAACUUCAACAGAUGAGGAGGUAGACAGGCACAGGGCCAGGGCGUUUAGCCAUUGACUAUCGUGCAUGUAUAUUAGCGGGUUAAUUAUGUAUGCUGGAUGAUCGCGUUGGAGUCACGAUAUCGCUACGGUUAAUGGCUGCCGGGAAUCACGCAUAUAGUCUUAGAGAGGUUCAAAAACGCACAGCAUCCCAUGCUUUUACGAAGAA